AUGGGCUUGUUCAAGAAGUCCGGCGACGACGAUGACUCGUCCAACCGCCGGGCCCUUUUUGGUUCCCGGUCCAAGAGCAAGAGUCCAGCUCCUCCUGCCAACCCAUAUGCGAAGCCAGCACCAAUUGACCCGUAUACCAGAGCCAAGAUGAACGCUGGAGUAGCCCCUCUUCCGCCCUCCGAACAGCCUGCUGGACCAGGCUCGAUGAAAGGACGCUCUCCCAUCGGCACCCCUGCACCUGGAGGCAUCCCAGGCGAUAACAAGAUUCAGGGCUAUGCUCCCAACCAGUAUGGCAAUCAAGGCGGAUACGGUGCUGAUCGAUUCGGUAAUGCUGGCGGCGCAUCGACCUCCCGAUACGGCCCUGGUGGCUAUGGAGGAUUAGGCAGCACCGAUCCGAAUGACCCCGCUGCAGCAGACAAGGACGCACUUUUUGGAGGAGCCAGGGACCGGGUACAACAGCAGCAACAGAAUGGUCCUCCACCUCCAUACUCAGAACCGAACAAUGCUUAUGGCGGCGGAAGCAAUGAGUACAACACUUCCACGUAUCAGGAGAGACAGCUCACUGCGGAAGAAGAGGAAGAGGAGGAAAUCCAGAACAUUAAGCAGGAGAUGCGAUUCAUCAAGCAGGGCGAUGUCUCAUCCACUCGCAAUGCUCUGCGCGUCGCUGCGCAGGCUGAGGAAACCGGCCGCGAAACGCUCGCCCGCCUUGGGGCCCAAGGGGAAAGAAUUCAUGACACCGAGAAAGCCUUGGAUGUUGCCACUAUCGAGGGUCGACUUGCUGAAGAGAAAGCAAAGGAGCUGAAAACUCUCAAUAAGAGCAUGUUCGCGGUGCACGUGUCAAACCCAUUCACUAGCGCCAGGAGACGACGGGAGCGGGACGAGAAGAUCAUUGAGACCCAUCGUGCUGAACGGGCAACUCGGGAAGGCACGCGCAAUGAGGCAUAUCAGACCAACCAGAGAAUGGAGCGCACAUUCAGGGAGAUUGAAAGGGAAGCGGGUAAACCGCAUGGCAAGAGCAGGGCCAAUGUCACGGAGCGUGCCAAGUAUCAAUUCGAGGCAGACAGUGAGGAUGAAGCUAUGGAGGAUGAGAUCGAGCAGAACCUGGAUCUUCUGUCCGGUGCUGCCAGUCGCCUGAAUGGACUUGCUCGUGCCACAGGCCGCGAACUUGACGAGCAGAACAGACACCUAGAGCGGAUCAUGGGCAAGAGCGAUUUCGUCGACGAUCAAAUUGCUAUGAACCGGGCAAAGCUGGACCGUAUUCAUUAA